AAACAACACCGAGGGGGAGUGAACUUAUGGACAGCAGUCAUAUUUUGAAGAAGUAUUAUAAAAAUUUCAUCUAAUUAUCUGCAAUUUCAAUCCAGCGAAAAGCUGUCUGGUACCUUCACGGGUAUUCAGUAGAUGUCCGGCCCCUCAGAGACAUCAGGUGGUAUGUCCCAUCCUGGCCCUUCUCCUGGGGCGGGUAUGUCCCCAGGGCCCAUCUUGGGCCCCAGCCCUGGACCAGAUCCCUCACCGAGCUCUGUUCACAGCAUGAUGGGCCCCAGCCCUGGACCCGGAACACCCAAUGCACCUCAUGGCAUGCAGGGCCAGGGACAAAGUGAUUACUCUCAGGACAGCAUGUACUCUAUGCAUAAGCCCAUGGAGGGGAUUAAUGACAAGUCAAUGGCAGAGGCAAUGCACUUUGGUCACAUGAAAGGUGUGGGGAUGAGGUCUCUCCAUAGUGGCAUGGGACCUCCACAGAGUCCUAUGGACCAGCACAGCCAAGGGUACAUGUCUCCCCACCCAUCCCCAAUAGGAGUCCAUGAGCACGCUUCAAGUCCCAUGUCAGGAGGCGGAGGUGGACCUACACCACCACACAUGCCCCCUGCCCAGUCAGGCCCUAUGAUGUCAAUGGAUCCCCAAGGAGGCAUGUCCAACAUGUCCAACAUGGGCCAGCAGGUGAGGGGGUCGUCUGCUUUUAGUCCAGUACAGCUGCAGCAGCUCAGAGCUCAGAUUCUGGCCUACAAGAUUCUGGGUCGUGGGCAGCCGCUACCGGAAAACCUUCAGCUGGCUGUUCAAGGUAAAAGGAGCCUACCCACAAUGCAACAGCAGCAGCAGCAGCAGCCACAACAACAGCCGCAGCCGCAGGCACCAAGUGCCAGUCCUUACAGCAGGCCUCCAGGUAUGCCAAUGGCACCUAUGGGGGGUCCCCAGUCGAGUCCCUGCCCAGCCCCGGCCAUGCAAGUACACAAUCAAAGCACAGGACCCAAGCCUUGGACUGAUGGUCAGUGUGCUGAAAAUCAAACCAUUGCACAGAAGCAGCUCACUCCUGUUGCUAGUGGUCGCCCCUCUCCUGCACCACCUCAGGCCUCUGCUGUGCCAGCUGGGCCCAUACCAGGCAGUUCGGGGACCCCUCAGCCUCCUGGGCAGCAGGGGUCCGUAAUGCUCCCGAUACAGCACAAACAGAACCGCAUCACGCCUAUCCAGAAGCCCCAGGGCUUGGACCCAGUGGGAAUCCUGCAGGAGAGAGAAUACAGACUGCAGGCUCGGAUUGCGCAUCGAAUCCAGGAACUGGAAAGUCUGCCAGGCUCGCUGCCUCCGGACCUCAGGACUAAAGCCACAGUGGAGCUCAAGGCUCUGCGUCUCCUAAACUUCCAGCGACAGCUGAGGCAGGACGUCGUGGCCUGUAUGAGACGAGACACGACCCUGGAGACGGCCCUCAACUCGAAGGCUUACCGGCGCAGCAAGCGGCAGACGCUGAGGGAGGCACGCAUGACCGAGAAGCUGGAGAAGCAGCAGAAGCUCGAGCAGGAAAAGAAGCGCAGGCAGAAACAUCAGGAAUAUCUCAACAGCAUCCUCCAACAUGCCAAGGACUUCAAAGAGUAUCACCGCUCUGUGUCCGGUAAGAUGCAGAAGCUCACCAGAGCCAUCGCCACCUGGCACACCAACACGGAGCGUGAGCAGAAGAAGGAGACGGAGAGAAUCGAGAAGGAGAGGAUGAGGAGACUCAUGGCAGAAGAUGAGGAAGGGUACCGAAAACUAAUCGAUCAAAAGAAAGACAAGCGUCUGGCCUACUUGCUGCAGCAGACGGAUGAAUAUGUGGCCAACCUCACCACCCUGGUGUAUGAACACAAAGCUGCUCAAGCUGCCAAGGAGAAGAAGAGGAGACGGAAGAGAAAGAAGAAGGUGGAUGGCGAUGGUGAAGGCACGAGCGCAAUUGGACCUGAUGGAGAGCCAAUGGAUGAAAGCAGCCAGAUGAGUGAGCUGCCUGUCAAAGUGAUUCAGACUGAGACCGGGAAAGUUUUGCAGGGAACCGAGGCCCCAAAAUCCAGCCAGCUGGAGGCUUGGCUCGAGAUGAACCCCGGGUAUGAAGUGGCCCCGCGGUCAGACAGCGAGGAGAGCGGCUCAGAGUUUGAAGAGGAGGAGGAAGAUGAGGCGUCCAAAGGAGAGACAGAGGAGAAGAAGAUAAUCGAUCCCAACGGAGAUGAAGUCACCAAGAGAGCUGCCAAGAACAUCAUCGAGUCAGCCAAGCAGGAUGUGGAUGAUGAGUACAGUGUUCCUACUGGCCAAACCAGCUCCCAGUCUUACUACGGCGUGGCCCACGCUGUCAUUGAGAGGGUGGAGAAGCAGUCGUCACUGUUGAUCAAUGGGAUGCUCAAACAGUACCAGAUUCAGGGGCUCGAGUGGAUGGUGUCCUUGUACAACAACAAUCUCAACGGCAUCUUGGCUGAUGAAAUGGGGCUCGGCAAAACCAUCCAAACCAUCGCCCUUAUCACCUACCUGAUGGAGCACAAGAGGCUCAAUGGUCCCUAUCUCAUCAUCGUUCCUCUCUCGACCUUGUCUAACUGGGUCUAUGAGCUUGACAAAUGGGCACCGUCUGUGGUUAAAAUUGCUUACAAGGGCACCCCUGCUUUGCGUCGUGGGCUUGUGCCUCAGCUCCGCAGCGGGAAGUUCAACGUCUUGCUGACCACCUAUGAAUACAUCAUCAAAGACAAGCAAAUACUGGCUAAGAUUCGCUGGAAGUACAUGAUCGUUGACGAGGGUCACCGCAUGAAGAACCACCACUGUAAACUGACACAGGUGCUGAACACGCACUACGUGGCUCCCCGUCGGCUGCUCCUCACCGGGACUCCUCUGCAGAACAAGCUGCCCGAGCUGUGGGCCCUGCUCAACUUCCUGCUGCCCACCAUCUUCAAGUGCUGCAGCACCUUCGAGCAGUGGUUUAACGCACCCUUCGCCAUGACAGGAGAGAGGGUUGACUUAAACGAGGAGGAAACCAUCUUGAUCAUCCGGCGUCUGCACAAAGUGCUCCGCCCGUUUCUCCUGCGCAGGCUGAAGAAAGAGGUGGAGUCUCAGCUGCCAGAGAAGGUGGAGUACGUCAUAAAAUGUGACAUGUCUGCCAUACAGAAGGUUCUGUACCGCCACAUGCAGAAAGGCAUCCUCCUCACUGACGGCUCAGAGAAAGACAAGAAGGGCAAAGGUGGAGCAAAGACCUUGAUGAACACCAUCAUGCAGCUGAAGAAGAUCUGCAACCACCCGUACAUGUUCCAGCACAUUGAAGAAUCCUUUGCUGAGCACUUGGGCUAUCCAAACGGCAUCAUCAGUGGGCCUGAUCUGUAUAGAGCAUCUGGGAAGUUUGAGCUCCUAGAUCGCAUCCUACCGAAGCUCCAGGCCACCAACCACAGAGUGCUGCUGUUCUGCCAGAUGACCUCUCUCAUGACAAUCAUGGAGGACUAUUUCGGAUACCGCAACUUUCAGUACUUGCGUCUUGAUGGAACCACCAAGUCCGAGGACCGAGCAGCACUGCUGAAGAAAUUCAAUGAGGAAGGCUCUCAGUACUUCAUCUUCCUCCUGAGUACCAGAGCUGGCGGCCUCGGCCUCAACCUGCAGGCUGCUGACACUGUGGUCAUCUUCGACAGUGACUGGAACCCACACCAGGACCUUCAGGCUCAGGACCGGGCUCACCGCAUCGGUCAGCAGAACGAGGUGCGCGUGCUUCGUCUCUGCACUGUCAACAGCGUCGAAGAGAAAAUCUUGGCUGCUGCCAAAUACAAACUGAACGUUGAUCAGAAGGUCAUCCAGGCCGGCAUGUUUGACCAGAAGUCGUCGAGCCACGAGCGCCGCGCCUUUCUCCAGGCCAUCUUGGAGCACGAGGAGCAGAACGAGGAGGAAGAUGAGGUGCCUGAUGAUGAAACUCUGAACCAGAUGAUAGCCCGCAAUGAGGAUGAAUUUGAGCUCUUCAUGCGCAUGGACAUGGACCGGCGCAGGGAGGAUGCUAGGAACCCAAAGCGUAAGCCUCGCCUAAUGGAGGAGGACGAGCUGCCUUCUUGGAUCAUCAAAGAUGACGCCGAAGUGGAGCGGCUCACCUACGAAGAGGAGGAGGAGAAGAUGUUUGGUCGAGGGUCUCGCUGCCGUCGGGACGUGGACUACAGCGACACACUGACUGAAAAACAGUGGCUGCGGGCGAUUGAAGAUGGAAACCUGGAGGAGAUGGAGGAGGAGAUCCGGCUGAAAAAGCGCAAACGCAAAAGACGUCAGGACAAGGACUCCGGCAGAGAGGACGGAGGCGCGAAGGCCAAGAAGAGACGUGGACGACCGCCAGCAGAGAAGCUGUCCCCCAACCCGCCCAGACUCACCAAGCAAAUGAACGCCAUCAUUGAUACAGUGAUCAACUACAGAGACGGCUCUGGAAGGCAACUCAGUGAGGUGUUUGUCCAGCUUCCAUCCAGGAAGGAACUCCCAGAAUAUUACGAGCUGAUCCGAAAACCUGUGGACUUCAAAAAAAUCAAGGAACGUGUGAGAAACCAUAAAUACAGGAAUGUGGGGGACCUGGAGAAGGACGUGAUGCUGCUCUGUCAAAACGCACAGACCUUCAACUUGGAGGGAUCCCAGAUAUACGAGGACUCCAUCGUUCUUCAGUCUGUUUUCAAGAGCGCCAGACAGAAGAUCGCCAAGGACGAUGACAGCGAUGAUGACAGUGACGAGGAGGAGGACGACGACGACGAUGACUCAGAGGCCGAGGCCAAGUCAGUGCGGGUAAAGAUCAAGCUGAGCAGGGAGGCACGCGGCCACGACAAAGGCAAGAAGAGGCAGAGCCGAGGGAAGGCCAAGCCGGUGGUCAGCGACGACGACAGCGACGAGGACCAGGAUGAUAAUGAUCAAUCAGACAAGAGCAAAAGUGAUGACGAGUGACGAAGGAGAAGCAAGGGCGCGAGGAUAUUGUUUACAGCACUUAGAAACAAAGGACAAUAUCUUCCAUUGCUGUUGUUCAGGUUCAUGUUCCUUAAACUUUGCUCCGUGUGUCUUCUGUGUGUCUGUAGGGUGUAUUCUCAUCUCCUCUCCCACCAGCUUAGAAAUGUAUUACUUACAAUCGAUAACAUACAGCAAUACCAAUCAGCUUAUAUUUCUCUUUUUAAGACAAUUUUGUAGUAUAUUUUUUAACUACGUGCUUUAACAAAACACACAAAAAAUGUACAAAAAAGAAAAACACACAUUGGUCAUCCUAUUUGCGCUUUUGCUUUGUUUGUAAUCGCUUGCUUGCACUUUAAAAAAAAACCCUCAGUAUCUUGAUUUUUAAAAAGUCAAAUAAAACAAAAAUAUGUAUCACCAGUGAAAUCAAAGCUAAUUUGGAGAAAUGGCAAUCAGUUUUUUAAGUUUUGGAUUUAUUGUUUUUAACGUGUGCCGUGCCAAAUGUAGACAAACUGACCGUUAGCUUAACCCCUCCCACGCACAGCGUCUGUCCAAUCACAGCUAGGCUUUUUUAAGCUUGUACGAAAUAAAUAUGGAAGUAAAAGAUUUAAUAGUUAUCUGCCUCAGUGUGUAGAUUAAACACACUGUCAGUGUGUGUGCUCCUCAAAGAAGCUAACACCUGCUAACUGGCCCAGGCUGAGGUCACCUUAUUCUGUGGGGUGAGUGGACACGUGUAAAGAGCCUGGUGGAAGACUGAAUCAUUAGCUGGACAGCGUUUGGAACAGUCCACAGUCCAGUCCAAGUCCUCAAACUGUUGAAAGCUAGGCUCACUUCUGUGUUAGCAUGUAGACCACAGUCUGAGCAGCUGUGUGUCACAGAUGAGUCCACAGUUACAACACUUUCUCUCAGAACUGUAAAGAAUGCAGUGGAGAAACCCAAAGUUCACUUCUGUUGUUCAUCAUAGAACAAUCCAGUUAAAUCUCAUGGUUUAGUCUAGAAAUGGGCAGAAGUUUCAGGCGGGGUCCUCGUGGUUCCAAUGAAGCCUUUCGCUGUUUGUCGUGAACCAAAGUGGGUUAGGGUCCUUUCACCUGCCUCGAAUGCCCCAGGGAGGGCUUGAAUCUUAAAGGAGGAGAACUCCCGCAGGACUCACAUUGAGGCAGACAUUUCUUGACGAGUGGCAAAAUGAGAGAUGUUGAUUUCAUUGUGGUGCAGACAGCCUACAGUCACCUUGACCUGGUAGAGGCGACGAGUGGGUGAACGUUGAGGUACUUCUGAGUUUUCCAGCUGCUCUGAAACUCUGGCCACUAACUGUACUUUAAUCCAGCGUCUCCCUCAGGGUGCACAUCAGUCUGUGGAGAUGCACUUUUGUCUCUUAUCUGGGACUUCCUCGAACGCAAUUAUCUCUUCAGCCUCUUUAUCUAUCCUAUCCUCACGUGCACAUCCUCGCUGAUAUCCCUGUUAUUACCAUCAGUGACUGAGGGCUGUAUGUAAGCUGUCUAAAUGUGAUAUGUCAGCUCAGUCUCAGUCCUGCAGCAGCGGCGGGCUCGCUGAGUAGCACAGCGUACUGCUGCGACAUCAGGAACAGCUGUGUGCUUCAUCAAACAUUCACACACACCUGAUUACUUAUAUAUUUACCUACAGUAACAGGACAUUAUAUAGAUCACAUAGUACUAAGACAGGGCAUUUUAGUCAUCACAAAACAAAUGUACAUAUUAAUCAGCCUCUGAGCCUGACACUGAGACACACAGGCCCUCUUGAUCAAAUCUCUUUGUGUUCUGUUAUUACGUUACAGUUCACACGAGGCCUGUUCUCUGCUUUCUGCUCCAUCAGCCCCACCUUAAAGCUUCCUCCUGCUCUCUCCCAAAGCAGCAUGUUGGCUGCUGUCCUUCACCUCCUGCUCUCCUACAUCUCGUUCUUCAUUAGCUACAGCUGCCUCCUUUCUUUCACCUGCCACAGCAACUGUGGAAAUAUGAAAACAGACUGUAACACUGGGCCGAUUAUUAGCGUGUUUUUCCUUUGGUCUGUAGGUACUCUGUUGUGCUGUUACCGUUGGUCCAGCAUGUCUUUGAACCUCCUUAAGAGCGGUCUUUUUGAGUCUUUGGAACUAACAUAAUUGUUUUCAUUGGUUUGAACAGUCGAUAAAUGCUGAGCAGCUGCUGAUAGAUGUCUUUGUAGCUAUGUGGUGUGAGGGAUUCCCCGAACAGUCUCAUGUCACUGCCCUUACUGUUUGGCCCCGUCAUCAGUUUACAACAGUGAUUCACUGUUAGGUACCCAGGGCUGCAGGGCAGAACACGCUCUACUGCAUGCUGCAAACAAGCAAUGUGUCCGUACUUUGAAGAAGAAAGUACUUUUAGAAGAACAUGAUUUGGUUGCAUGUGGGCUCUGUAAGGGAAAGCCAACACAUAACCACUAAACAGCAACUUACUGAGCAGUUUUGCUGUUAGCCCACCAAUUAUAGCCAGUGACUGUGAUUGUUAGACUAAGUGAGUAGUCUAAAUUUCACAAUAUGUUUAGACUGUUUGGACAUUAGAAUACUAACUGCUUCCUCUGAUUCUCUCUGGAGACCUGAUGACUUGUUAUCAGUUUGCAGAGAUACAAAUGGCGUGAAGUGCUCAGCUGUGUCCCUGCAUCGCCUUUAUCAGCCUCUAAAAAUUCCCAAACAGUUCACACGUUUAGUUAAAGAUCGGCAGUUGCAGAUUUUCACAGCUCACUGAGCUCAGCACCUUGUUCAUGAGUAGAGCCUGCCUGCACAUUGAGAUAUAGACUCUCUGCAUCAGCUUUUUGUUUUUAAAAGGGAACAUUUGUUUCUUUAAAGGUAUUUAAAUUCAUACUGUAGACAUUUCUAAAUACUGGGGAUGUUAUAAUACUGUGAUAUCACCAAGGCCUCAUGUACAGAGACGCCAUGUCCCUGUUGUAACUUAAAUAUCCAAACAAAAUAAAAAAGGAUCUUUAAAUACUCGCUAAGAACUUUUUGGAUUAGCUGGCGGGAGCAGAGCUGUACUCGUGUGUUUCUAUACGUUCACCUCAUGUUGAAGCUUUACAGUUGCAGUAACUGUAACAGGAGGGCGGGGCUUAGCAAACGGUCAGUAACGCGACUACAGGAUUGUGAAAGCACAGGCAGAUAAAAACGUGCGUUUGUAGCUGACAGAUGAACUUGACACAGCCAGAAAUGUCCAACGCUUUUUUAACCGCUUCUAGUAAGAAAAAUAUAAUCGCACAUGAUUUAUGGGAGGUUCACGUGGUUCAUGUGUUCUUCCUCUAAUGUUUUUAAGAUUUUCUGUAUCACAGCGUUGUCGCAUUAAUUUUCUCGUUUUGUUGGAGUUAUUUUCUACGUAGAAAGCUCGUAGAGUCUCGUUUCAGACAGCGGAUUCACGGGAAACAUCUCGCUUCGGGGAAUGAAACCGGAUUCUGUCGUAGCGGUAAAUGAGCGUCUGAAUACAUGUUACAGUCGUUUUGCAAAAAAAAAGAAAAUGAAAUCAUAAAAAUCUGAAAAAUAAGUGUAACAAACCGAGUCUGACGGGUUGGUAACGGCCUGAAUUACUACAAAGAAAACAGUAUUAUGAGAUUAAUGAGACAGUGUCGGUUUGUUUCAGGUGUUUGUGUUCCUUGUGAAUUAGUUCUAAGCCCUCAUUUUAUUGUUUAUGUGUUAUUUGUAGCAUGCACUCUUGACAGUAUACCGUGCACAUGCAGAUAUAUCAUUUUUGUGUAAUAUGUGCUUGGCGACUCUCCGUAAGUGUGACUUAAUCUUUGCUUUCUUUGCACAGUGUCUUUGUGGUUGUAUCUCAUAGCCCAGGGCAAAUAAACAUCACUGAUUUCC